CGCCAUCUCACUCCCACAACUUCCCACCACAAUACAUACCUACUCUCUCUCUCUCCAAUCCAAACCUCCAUACACAUCCAACCAGCCAAAAUGUCCACCGAACAGCGCCCAGAGCCCCUCCGUCUCGGCAGCACUGCCCCCAACUUCAAGGCCGACACCACAACCGGCCCCAUUGACUUCCACGACUUCAUUGGCGACAAAUGGGUCAUCCUCUUCUCUCACCCCGAGGACUACACUCCCGUCUGCACCACCGAGCUCGGCGCCUUCGCCAAGCUCGAGCCUGAGUUCACCAAGCGUGGCGUCAAGCUCAUUGGCUUGUCCGCCAACACGGUCGACUCGCACGGUGGCUGGAUCAAGGACAUUGAUGAGGUUUCGGGUAGCAACCUGAAGUUCCCCAUCAUUGGCGACAAGGAGCGCAAGGUCGCCUACGCCUACGACAUGCUGGACCACCAGGAUGUCACCAACGUGGACGAGAAGGGCAUCGCCUUCACCAUCCGCUCCGUCUUCAUCAUCGACCCCAAGAAGACGAUCCGCACCAUCCUCUCCUACCCUGCCUCGACCGGUCGCAACACGGCCGAGGUGCUUCGCAUUGUCGACUCGCUCCAGACCGGCGACAAGAACAAGGUGACGACGCCCAUCAACUGGGUGCCCGGGGACGACGUCAUCGUCCACCCCACGGUCAAGACGGAGGAUGCGCAGAAGAUCUACCCCAACCUGCGCAUCGUCAAGCCGUACCUGCGUUUCACUCCCCUGCCCAAGGAGCAGACGAGCACGCCAGCAGCGCAAUCCACUUCCGGCCUCUCAGGCCUAGUAUGUAAUGUACACCGGACCACAGGCCGGGAACCCCAUCCAUUAGUAGGAGCAACCACCACCAUCCUUGGCGACAAACUCUACGUUUUCGGAGGACGGCGCUUAUCCCGGACCCGUCCUCAACUUACCAACGAUCUUUAUGAGCUGGAUCUCGUUAGCCGGCACUGGACCAAAUUGGACAUGAAGGGCGAUGUUCCUCCACCCCGUUAUUUCCACAGCGUCUGCGCAUUGGGCGACACUAAGCUCGUAUGCUACGGUGGCAUGUCUCCUGCGAUAUUGCCAAACGGCCAACCGGCAGCGCCGAACCAACAGGUCAACCCUCAAGAUCCGCAGCCCGAGGUCGUCGUAAUGUCUGAUAUCCACAUUUUCGAUGUAAACACCCGGAUUUGGAUGAAUGUUCCCACGCCCGACUCUCCACAAGGUCGUUACGCACACUGCGCAGCAAUUCUACCAUCAUCGGCCGUUUUUUCCUCGGCAAACGCGACGCAUUCCGCCAUUCACCACAACCCUGCAUCUGCGCACCAGCCUAACCAAGGAUCGAUAGGUGUCUCACUGGACGGCGCCGGCGGCGCAGAAAUGGUGGUUGUUGGUGGACAAGAUAGUGCAAACCACUACAUUGAACAGGUCAGCGUGUUCAAUCUCAGGAGCCUCAAAUGGACGGCCACCAACUCUCUGGGCAGGAGCUGCGGCGCAUAUCGCAGCGUGAUUGCUCCAUUGACCUCGAUGCCUGCCUCGCAAAUAGGAGCAGGUGGAAGCAAAGAUGAUCCCGGAGCAGAUGAGCAGGACCCGGAAAGCGCCAGCAAGGGAUCAUCCAUGUUGAUUUAUUCAAACUACAACUUCCUGGACGUCAAGCUGGAACUGCAGGUUCGGUUACCGGACGGCACGCUGACAGAGAAGCCGAUGGGUGGCACGUUCACGCCACCUGGACUGCGCUUCCCCAAUGGCGGCAUCAUAGCCAAUCACUUUGUCGAAUACGCACUGUGGGCGCUUGACUUGCGCAACCUCACCUGGAGCCGCAUCGACGCUGGCGGAAGCAUUUUCAGCCAAGGAAGCUGGAACCGCGGUGUUCUUUGGGGCAGGCGCAACACAUUCGUGAUUCUCGGAAACAGAAAGAGAAGCUUGGUGGAAGACUACAAUCAUCGCCGCAUCAACUUCUCAAACAUUUGCAUGGUCGAGCUUGAGGCUUUUGGCCUGUACGAUAACCCUCGACGCACGGCACCGACUUCCGGCUACAUUUCCGUCAGCUCUGCCCUCCAGCAGAACCAGGCAGACUUGUCCACCGCAGGAGGCCGACACUUUGGUUCGGCAGCAGAAGAGCUGGGUCAAAUGGCGCUAAAUCUCCGGGAGAUGGCAGACAUGGAAUUCCUGGCCGUAGGCGGAGAAAGGAUUCCCGUAAAUUCUCAUCUUGUGGCGCGGCGCUGGGGGCCGUACUUUAACCAGCUUUUGAGAGAUGGAACGUGGGGUGCUGAAGGCAACUCGGACGCGGCGACUCUGCGUCCGUUCUCGUCACACCCAAGCAGGAAUUCUAGCAUCACCAUCACGCCGUCGAUCCGCACCACGUAUACUGCCACUCCCAGCAAUGCCAGCACAGCAGCAACGGUCACACCCUUCGACCCGCCGGACGCCAACUCGCCCACUCCCACCUCGCGACCGCGCACUUUGUAUCUACCGCACACGCACCUGACACUGCAAGCACUAGCGCACUACCUCUACACGUCGACGCUACCAGCCCCGAACUCCACGCUCUGCACGCCGCAGAUCCUGUGCUCGCUCCUGCAGCUCGCACGGCCCUACCGCGUGAACGGCCUCCUGGAAGCCGUCAUCGAGCGGCUGCACAUGCUCCUCGACGGACGCAACACGGCCGCCAUCUUCAACGCCGCGGCAAUGGCCGCGGGCGGCGGCGACGCAAUCACGUUCUUCAACGGGCAGACGGCAGGCCUGCCGGGGGCGGAGCGCGACGGCGCGCCCGGCUCGCUCAACGCGCUGCACCUGCAGCAAUCGGGCCCUGUGGGGCGCAAGCAGAGCACGGCUGGUAUUGUGCCGAGUAGCAGUAGCACGAGCCUGGCGUCAUCGGCGCUGGGCCUGAACGCCAUGGGCGGGAUGAGCCGCAGCGGGAGCAGCUUGCGCGUCAACACGGAUCUUGCGGGUAAUGGGAACAGGGAUGACGACCAGAUGAGCAGUGCCAGCACCGAGACGUCGAGUAGCGAGUUGGGCUCGGCGACGGGUAUGGGUGGCGAUAGGGAGGUUUGGGGUGGUGAAGUGAGUGCGGUUGUGGGGCUGCAGAAGCGGGGGUUGAGGGGGCUGAUGGAGGGGAGGAGGAUCAGGGAGAUGGGGAGGGGUGGCGAGGAGGGCGGCAGAGUGGGCUUGGGUAUUGCGGGUUAG